GACGAGGUUGUACUGUAAUUGCGCAGGCGUACUGAAGUUCUUCAUUAAGUGUCUAUCGGAUCGCGAUUCAAAGACCGUACUGUGGAUCACCUUAAUAUUGGGUUUUGUGUUAAUUUUUUCAAAUAUUCGUAAUGUCGACCAGUGGAGCAACUCCGAAGAAGGUAAGAAAGAUCGAAGGAUCUGUUUCUGGUGGGGAAGGCGAUGAAAGCAGAGAUUAUGAUGCCGAAACACAGAAAGCGCUAGAAGAGAUCGACGCAUGCCAAAACGAAAUAGACGCCUUGAACGAGAAAGCUAGCGAAGAAAUACUUAAAGUAGAACAGAAAUAUAACAAGUUAAGGAAACCAUUUUUUGAAAAAAGAAAUGAUCUGAUUAAAAAGAUUCCGAACUUUUGGGUAACUGCUUUUGUAAAUCAUCCACAAAUAUCUGCUGUAUUGGAUGAAGAAGAAGAAGAAUGUUUGCAUUUUCUCACUAAGUUGGAAGUUGAAGAAUUUGAAGAUAUUAAGUCAGGUUACAGGAUUAAAUUUUAUUUUGAUGAGAAUCCUUAUUUUGAAAAUGAUAUACUUGUGAAAGAAUUCCACUUGGGAUCUUCAGGUGAUCCUGCUUCACAGUCUACUCCAAUAAAAUGGAAAGAUGGAAUGGACUUGACUAAGCGCCACAAGGAAAGGCAAGCACAAAUGAAAAAUAGCAGAAAACGUGGGCAUGAACAGCCAAGGACGUUUUUUGCUUGGUUUACUGAUCAUGGAGAUGCUUCAGCAGAUGAUAUUGCAGAGGUCAUAAAAGAUGAUAUGUGGCCAAAUCCACUGCAGUAUUUUCUUGUACCUGAUAUUGAGGUAGAAAAUGGACUUGAAGGUGAUGAAGAUGACAGUGAAGAGGAAGAAGUUGAUGAUUCUGUAGUAGUAGUUGAAGAAGAAGGAGAAGGUGAUGAAGAAGAUCCAGAAGAAGAAGAAGAAGAAGUCUAUGAGGAAGGUGAAGAAGAAGGAGAAGGUGAAGAGGAUUUAGAUGAAGCAGGUGGAGAACUGGAGGGUGAGGGAGCAGAAGCUGAAGGUGAGGGAGAAGGGGAUGAAUGAAUUUAUCAUCAAAUGCUGUAGUUGCACCAGACACCACAAACAUCUUACCACUCAAAACAAAAAUCGAGUCGGUUUCAUCAGUAUCUACAGAUGUUUCAUCUGUUGACUGCCAUUGGAAAUAUCAUCCCCAGCUGUGUUGUGAGCAGGGGGCCAGACAAAACCCUUUGUGUAGGCAAAUGUUUAAAUAUCUUGUGCACAUUAAAGCAGCAGCACUGUACAUAUAACUUGGUUGAAAGAAACAAGACUGGGGAUUAAUUGUCCAUAGGAAAAUAGGUAUUUUGAGUUUAACAGAUAUUUCAACAGUUAUCAUAUAAUACAUCAUCAUAAUGGCUCAUAAAUAUACCAAAGUAUUUUAUGUUUGUUCUUUUAUUUCUUGAAGGAUGGAAAUUUAUUUUUAUAUUGGGCAAGUUAUGCUCCUUCAUAUUGUAUUUAGAAAAAUCAUUGUUUCAUAAAUGUGAAGUAUAAUAGAAUGUGUUUACUUCAUACUAUCUUUGUGUAAAAACUAUAAGCAUAAUUCUUAGCUACUAUUUUGUUUUAUUUUCAAUAAUUACAUGUAAAAUUUCAUAAUUGAGAUUUUGAUAAUCUUAGAUGAAUUUUUUGAAUGUGUGUUUUUUGUAUGUAUAUGCAAGUUCAUGUAUGUAUGAUGAUAAAUGUUGUGAUGUGCUCCUUUUAACUGAAGUUGAUUGAAGAUAUAGUGAAGAGAGUUGUAUGGCAUUUUUGAUCAACAUUUUUAACUGUUCAUAAGUCAUGAAUGAAUGUUUCUGAUACAGAUUUAAGUAUGUUAGGAAAUAAUUAGAAGGCUCAUAUGUGAAAAUCAUAAUACUGGAAUUAUGUAUUAUAUAAACUAUAAUAGAAUUCACAAAUAUUUAAUGAAUUUUGUUAAGUGCACUUCUUAUACUAAUCUCUGGCUUUGGGGCACUUUGAAUGCCAAGGAACUUAUACAGUGCUGCUGCUUUAUUCAUAUUAUCUUUCUCUACUGGCUCCACAUCUUUUUGUUGUAAAUCUACAAGUAUGAAAUCUCAUCAUUUGUUCAACAAAUUUAAAUAGUCCAUUACCAGAAAUUGAAACUGGUGUUUUGAAAUCCAGGCAUAUAGUGGUAGAAUAAACAUUUUAUCUCUGUCUUUGUCAGGAAGUGUUCUUUUUUUGUGCAAGUAGUAGUAUAAAACUCAACAUUCAUUCAUCUUUAUAGUGCAUCCAGUCAUCAUAAUCCAUUUGGUACAUGUCCUUGGAUGAUAACUUGGUUGAAAUUUUGUGAAUGUGUGCCCCAUUUGAUUAAUUUGGCAAAUAACACAAACAGUUUACUGUAAUACAGUGGAUGUUUAUGUAGCAGCACAAUAGCUUUUGUGAUUUGGUUCUUUUGUGCAUACUCCAUUCAGCAAGUUAUUCUCCUAUUUGCAUAAAAAAACAGGAAAAGAGACUGAAAUAUAAAAUUAUGUGUAGCUCAUUGUCUUAAUUGAAUCAUUCAUGAUUACUUUUGUUGGGUCCAUUACAGAUUUAUUCAUUUCAGAAUCAGUAAUUGGGGCAAGAUAUGGUCUUAACUUUUUUGUGCAUUUCCAGUAGCUAUUACUUACCUAUCUAUCUAUCUUAGGGUUGCUUCACCAAACAGUUUUGUGUGUGCUUUCCUGCAUUGUGUUGUAAUGGGAGAAGAAAUUUGCCUAUGUACACGAACAGAUGUAAUACCGAUUCCUAAUAAACCUUUGUAAAACUUGA